AUGCCAGACAAAUUUCUUCUCCAUUAUCUCACCAACUCUAGGGCGCUGAGAAUAGUGUGGCUCUUGGAGGAACUCGAGCUCGACUUCGAGUUGAAAGUGUACCACAGAGUUCACGGCGUUACUGCCCCCAAGGAGCUCUUGAAUGUGUUCCCCACAGGAAUGUCUCCGGUGUUGCAAAUAUUCAAGGAGGGCUCUUCCGAGCCCCUUACUCUUGCCGAGAGUGGGCAUAUCAUCCAGUAUGUGAUCGACCACUACGACCAUAAGGGCAAGUUGAUUCCGGACUCUGAGGCCGACAAGGAGAAAGUGGGAUACUAUUUGCACUUUGCUGAAGGCAGUUUGCAGCCACACCUUGUUUCAAUGAUUGUAGGGGAGGUUGCCUGUCAGCGUGCCCCAUGGCCAGCCAAGUACCUCGUGAAAUUCAUUGUCUCCAAGAUGAACUCAGAGUACUACGUAAAGAGACUCAAGACCAACCUCAACUUUUUGGAAGACACGUUGGCGAAGAAGGAAGGGGGCUUUUUCGUCGGUGAUAAGUUGACGGGCGCAGACAUUAUUCUUGAGUACCCUAUUGUUCAAGAUCUUUUCAGCGACCCAGUAAGAGCGAAGAAUUUGGGCUUGAAUGUCAAGCUCGAGGAGGCCUUCCCGCACUUGUAUGAGUGGACCAAACUCAUUGCCAGUCUUCCAAUAAGACAGAAGGCCAUGGCCACUGAAAAGGCCAACUUGUAG